AUGCGCAGCGGACUCAGCAUCCAGGGUCACCAGCCCACCAGCCCCGCCGGCUGGGCCAUCAUCGUGGACUCCCUGCGGCGCGCCGAUGUGCAGCUGCUGAGCCCCCAGGAGGUUCAGCAUGCCCUGCAGGCUGGGACCCAGUGCGUGGUGGAUGUGCGGCUGCCUGCAGAGUUCGAGGCCGGGCAUGUUUCGGGGACCGUCAACGUCCCCUUCUUCAGGCCCAUCUCCGGGUGGGAUGCGGUCAGGGUCCUUCGCAGGCUGGCCUUUGCCCUGUUUGGCAUACGCACGGGUACGGAGAUCAACCCCCUGUUUGUGGAGGAGGUGAGCCGCGUCGCCGCCGACUCCAGCAAGGGCAUCAUCUUGAUGUGUAACAUCGGAGGCGUCAUUGAACACUCAGGCUCGUUCAAGGUCGGCACGCAGAGUCGUUCGCUCACUGCUGCCCAUGUGCUCGUCGAGUCGGGCAAGUUUGGUUCCAUCAAGGUCCUGAAGGGCGGGGUCAAUGGCUGGGCGGCAUCAGAGAGGCCGAUCGAAGAGAUGUGA